UGAAGUUAUUAGUUCAUACAAAAAUCAAUUGCACCUAAACUUCUAUAAGGAUUCAUUUAUGCUUCUCCUUGUACUAUGUGGUCUAUAUGGGAAUGUUCAAUAUGCGCAAAAAUCUUUGUGUUGUGCUGAGAGAUAGACUUCUGUCAUUGUGAUAAAACAUGGAUCAUUCUCAUUCCACAGAAAUGGCAAGUAGACCUGGAGCAGCUCAGAGGCCAAAUGGUGUCCAGGGCAAGAUAUGCCAAUUCAAAUUGGUUCUUCUAGGGGAAUCUGCGGUUGGCAAAUCCAGUUUAGUGCUACGUUUUGUCAAGGGGCAGUUCCACGAAUAUCAAGAGAGCACCAUCGGUGCUGCCUUUCUUACACAGACAGUUUGCUUGGAUGAUACCACCGUUAAAUUUGAAAUAUGGGACACUGCAGGACAAGAAAGAUACCACAGUUUGGCUCCCAUGUACUACAGGGGGGCGCAGGCAGCUAUAGUAGUGUACGAUAUUACCAACCAAGACACAUUUGGCAGAGCAAAAACAUGGGUUAAGGAAUUACAGAGACAGGCAAGCCCCACAAUCGUAAUUGCACUGGCUGGAAACAAACAGGACUUGGCCAACAAACGGAUGGUAGAGUACGAAGAGGCGCAAGCGUAUGCUGAAGAAAAUGGAUUGUUGUUCAUGGAAACAUCGGCAAAGACAGCUCUGAACGUUAAUGAUAUUUUCCUGGCGAUAGCAAAAAAACUUCCAAAGCACGAUCAAAAUCAGGGACAAUCUGGGCAAGGUCAAGGGAGGAGACUGGCAGAAGGAGAUCAAGGGGUGAAAACUCCUGGAAACUGUUGCAAGUGAUGGCCCCCAGCAAAAAGGUUUUUGUUGGAGAUUAUCUUUUGAAAAUGAAAGAACUGUGCUCUUGCACUUUAGUGAUAUUUAAGUGUAAUAAAAAUGCCCUUCUAUUUACAUAUACACUGUCACAUAUUAGUACAUUUUACUAUAUUAUUCCUCAGCGGUCUGCAUCGUUCUUUUAUUUAAUUUUUAUCGAAUUUAAUCUAUCUGAAAAUGAUUGGAAAAGUGAACGUGAUCAAUCGGAAUAUUCAAUUUGGUGAUUAAUUGGGAGCUUUUAAAUCUUAUAGUAAUAAUUAAGUUCAAAAAAAAUUAAAUCGAAUUCACUUAUUCUCACGAAGUAAUGUGCAGUAUCAUUAAUGUCUUAAUUGAAUUGUAUGAAAGUAAUUUGUAUAUGUGAUAAAAAAUUUAUUUUUAUUAUAGUUUGAUAUAUAAUAAUCGAUAUAUGACAGUGUAAAUCUCAAUAAAAACAGAUUGUUAAAAUUUCUAAUAAGUGCAGUAAUCUAUUACUGUAGAUAUCAUUCAAUUGAAUAAAAUUUUUCAGAAUUUUAACAAUCCAACGAAAUUGUCUGAUUAAUUUUAUUGGUCCCUACCAGGUAACUAUUUAGUUGGUAUGGGAAAAUUGUGAAUUUAAAUAUAUUCGGUGAAUGUAUUUUAUUGAUGUCUUUCAUAUAAAUUACAUUUUCUGGAAGUUGUCCAGUAGUACACAGGAAUAUCAAACUUUUUUAUGCAUUUAUUCUUGUCAAUUUUUUGUGAACGCGGUCAAUGAUUUUGAGGGAAUCGGUUGUCUUUGUCGAAGUUGAAUGGUUUUCGAUACUGUGAAGUACUGGCAGUUUUCAGUACUCCGAACUUUGUCUUCUUGUGAAAUUUCGUCUAUUUUGCAAUCCUCAAAACUAUUUAAUCGGUAACCUUCUGUAUUCGGUUCUUGUAACUUUCUUGAUCGUUGAUAAUAUCAAUGGAUUAUCUACAUUGGCAUAUAACAAAUAUUAGUUGAUGUAAAAGGUAGAUGGUGGUUGUACAGAGUUUAAAGAAUACCAAUAUGGAUAAAUGUAUAAUCCAUAAUCAUCUUUGUAUAAUAUUUGAAUAUAAUUGAAUUUAUUAUGAUUAGUUACUAUUAUCAAUUUUAUUUGCUUGCUUACAUCAUUAUUGUUCUGUAUGCACAGAAAUUGUACAGGAAAGAUCAUACUCAAUAAAGUUGAAAUACUAUA